GUUAAGCUGCACAUCGCUGCGGAAAUACGACGGGGACGCUGGGUGGACAUUGCACAGACGACUAGCGACUCUUACCUCCAAUAAGGGUUUGCUCCGUUCUGAUGCUGAACUUUUCUGUGGAGCUUUUAUUAAAUAGUCACUGUUUUGGUUGUCAGUAAGGACACAAAGCUCCCCGUUUCCUCGAGGCUAUCAUGCUGAACACAGAGGAAAGUUCCUGGUUAGGGGCAUCCAGGCUUCGCAGCUCCAAUCCUCUGGCUCCCGGGCCUCUGUGGUGCUCCGAUGCCCCUCACCCACAGCUGAAGAUCCCGGGUGGGCGAGGGACUGUCAGGGAUCACUCUCUCGGUGUGCUGUUACACAAGAAUGAGAGGCUGACUGUGACGCAGACUGCUCCAGUGAAUGGAAACCCCCCUCUUCUCCACUUCCACUACCAGAUGAGCGAGCACCGCUCAGCCUUCUGGGAUACAGUGCUAUGCACAGACAGCCUCUUCCUUGAGAUUCCUGCUGGGCCACUGGUGGAGGGGAGCAAAGAGGGACUCACUGCUCUGCUUGAGUUCGCUGAGGAGAAACUCAAAGUCAACUACGUGUUCCUGUGGUUCAGCAAAAACAGAGAGGAUCGAUUAUCCAUCAUCAAGACUUUCCACUACUUGGGCUUCGAGGUGGUGAAGCCAGGCAACCCCAUGGUACCGGCCCAGCCAGAUCUGGUCUUCAUGGUUUACUCGCUGGAUCACAGCAGCUCCGACGAGGAGUGACCACCACCAUCUCUCGAGCCUCCCCCUUCCCUGCCCCCCUCUGGCUUCAGAAACAUGCCUUUUACCUCUUGCCAUCCUCAGACAAACUGGCCUUGACCCGAGCCUCUCCAGCCUUUAUCACAGACUGGGAGGUGUUUUGCAGACUACAUGGGGGUGUCUGGCGGAUGGUAGCAUCUCCAUGUGAUGCAGGCACCCCCCUCCUCUCCCUUCACUUCUCCUCCCUUAUGACAGCUGCAAAUUGGUGAGCAGACAGGGGCGUAGCUUGAACUAAGUCAUCCCAUCAUGGGAUUUGGAUUGAUUAUUUUGUUUUUGCCAUCUUUCCUCUCUUGGUCACAUUAUUUGUCCCUGCUGCCCUCAACAGGACAUUCUGGAGAAGGUUGUGUUUUUGUGAAACUCAGCAUAUCUGUCCUGACAGCUUCCACCUGUUAUGCAAAGAGACUUUGGUUUGUCAGUGUACGUUCUAUACAAGGCAAGCUGUGUCGAUAGUUGUAGUUAUGUUUUGGGUGUAGAAUGAGGGAAUUAUCUUCCAGGAGAUGUUAUAUCAUGGGCUUGGUUUGGUCAACAAGAUAAUGUUUUGCUUUACAGUAUAAACGGGUGAAAGGCUGACCUGUUACAUUUAACAUUCAUGUGCAUUUAAGCUAUGUAAAAAAAAUCAAUCACAGCUCAUUGAAAUAUGUCAAGGCAUCAUUCCAGCACAGGCCACUCACUGGGUGUGUUUUAAGCCUGCAUUGUUUUGUUUUUUUGUUUUUUUGUUUUUUUUCUUCUGUUUUUCUUAUCACCUGAAAUGAGCUAAUGAGAAUAACCAGGCUGAUUUAGAAAUAUCUUGUUGGUCUCUGUUGACAUGUCACAGCAAAGAUGCAAUCUUUGUGUUGAAUGCCGCAACAGGGUAGCUGCCAGCUCUCGGAGACCGAUGCUUUCUCUCCCUCUCCUAACACCACCAGCAAUUACCCUGUCGUGCUGAUGGUGUGUGUGUGAGUCACUGGGGAGCUGUUGUUUUGUUUUCCCAUUUCAGUUCACUUGGCUUGCAUGUCACACACAGAAACAAGUGUUUGUAUGAGUUCUUUUUUUUUUCAAAGGUCAUAACGUGAGUAAUGUAAGCUGGUCAGGUUAAAAGAGAAUCUCCCCUUGUUGCAGUUUUGCGUACAUAGCAAUAAAAAGUACAGAGGUACAGCCAGUGUAUCUUUGUCUGAAUCAAGCGUAGCUUCUUCCCAUACGGGUGUGCCAGCCCUGUAGACUAGAGCCCAGAUGUACAGCAGCAGAACUGCCCUGCGCCAGUUGAAAGCUCAAUUAAAAUGGGGCUUUUUGUGCCUAAGAGAAGAGUGCAAUGUUAUUUUUACUCAAGUCUUACUGAGGAAUGUGUCCAUUUUCCACAUUUCUUCCCAUGCAGAUCCAGACUCGUGCUAUGUGGGGAAAUAAACACAUUAUUGGCGGAGGGAUACAAGAGCACUACAGGUUGUUUAUAUGCAAAUAGAGGAGGAAAAUACAGGAGGGAUCCUGCGUGAAUGUGCCUGGCAUCUCCAGGUUUUUAAAUUUUGCUGUCUUUAGGAGACUGAACAAAACGCCAAAGAAUGCAUUCUGUCUGAAACAUGCUGUCAUCCUUACUUUGAAAUUCAACUGGCUUAAAUACUCUUAGCAACCUGAACUAGUAUAUAAAAGCAAUAUCAAUCAACAUUCCCCAUGCCAGCCAUACUGAGAGCUUUACACCUCAGAGAAACACUGAUCUGUUCUGUAUGGGAGGGUGGGCUUUAUCUUUUUGCAUGUGUAUAGAUAUUAUGAGUCUUCAUUGCUACUGAUUGAGCCCUGACUGUAUGCUAUUGGGAAAUGUCAAGAUUUUAAUUUUCUCAGAGGUAUAUUUUUAUGUAUAUUUCUCAACUGUUCUUUGUGAUAGCUUAGACUUUUUUGUUCAGUGACAUAGUUGGCAGCCAUUUAAUGACAAUACAGUACACACUUGUAUACUUUGGAGAUUUUUUUUUUGUCUUGGGUGGGGUAAAAACAAUAAAAAAAUGUUACGUA